UAUAAACCCUUCGUGCGCCCUUAAAUUAAAAAUCUCCCCUUCCUCCAAGUCUUAUCUUUACAUCCCAUCUACAUCUCUCCCAUCCACCCAUAUACCCAUAAUCCAGACAUCAACCAUCACCAUGUCUUCCGCACAAUCCCGCGUCGGCCAAGUAGCCUCCCACCUCAAGCCUACCGGCCGUGCCGCCAUCCUCUCCAAGAACGCAGACGACAUCGUCAUCACCGCCGCCCUCCGCACCCCCUUCACCAAAGGCGGCAAAGGCGGCUUCAAAGACACCCCCGCCGCUGACCUCCUCGUCGGCGCCCUCAAGGCCGUCGUAGACCGCUCCGGCAUCGACCCUAAACUCGUCCAAGACAUCGCUGUUGGCUCCGUCCUCCCCCCCGGCGGCGGCGCCACCGAGUUCCGCGCCGCUGCUCUCGCUGCGGGUUUCCCCGAUUCCACGGCCGUCAGGUCGCUCAACAGACAGUGCUCCUCCGGCCUCCAAGCUUGCGUCGACAUCGCAAACGCCAUUUCAGCGGGUAUGAUCGAUAUCGGCGUCGGCGCCGGCGUAGAGAGCAUGUCCCUCCAAUACGGCCCCGGCGCCGUGACCGAGUUCUCCGAGCUGCUCGACUCGCACCCCGAAGCCAAGAACUGCAAAGUCGGGAUGGGCAACCUGUCUGAGGCGAUGGCCAAAGACCGCGGCGUCACCAGAGUCAAGCAAGAUGCCUUUGCUGCUGCUUCCUACGCCAAGGCCGCACACGCACAAGACAACGGAUGGUUCGACGCCGAGAUCGUGCCCCUAAAAGUGAAAUACGAGGACCUGAAGACAGAUGAGUGGAAAGAAAUCACAGUCAGCAAAGACGACGGCAUCCGCCGCGGCGUCACCGCCGAGUCCCUCGCCAAGAUCAAGCCCGCCUUCGCCAAAGACGGCUCCAUCCACGGCGGCAACGCCUCGCAGAUCUCCGACGGCGCUGCAGCCGUUCUCCUGAUGAAGCGCUCCACCGCCGAGAAGCUCGGUCAGAUCAUCCUCGGAAAAUACGUCACCGCCUCCGUCGUCGGCGUCGCGCCGCUGCUGAUGGGUGUUGGCCCCUGGGCUGCUAUCCCGUUGGCGCUGGAGAAGGCGGGGAUCACCAAGGAUGAGGUGGAUGUGUAUGAGAUCAAUGAGGCGUUUGCGAGUCAGUGUGUGUGGUGUGUUGAGGCGCUGGGGUUGGAUGAGAAGAAGAUUAACCCUGGGGGAGGCGCGAUUGCGUUUGGUCACCCCUUAGGCUGUACCGGAGCGAGGCAAGUCGGCACCCUUUUGGGUGGACUGAAGAGGGGGGGUGGUAAGGUGGGUGUUACGAGUAUGUGUGUGGGAACCGGUAUGGGAAUGGCCGCCGUUUGGGUUUCGGAGCAGUAGAGGGGGUGUAUGAUGUAUAUAUGAGGGUUAUAGAUGGGGUGGGGUGUUUGAUUAUGAAGAUUCAUUUGUAUUAUGAUUUAUGUUUAUGAUGGUUUAUUGUGAUAUUGUGUGAAGAUCAGGGUUAGAAACUCGAGUAUACUCAUUAGUACAGUAAAUCCUCGUACUCAA